GGCAGCACGAAAAGUAACCAAAAUGCAGUCCUUAAAAGUCUUAGCCAUUUUCGUAAUCGUCCUGGUGAGCCAACAGGCCAGAGCGAGUCCUCUCAUUGAUCAGUCGGAGAAUGACUAUGUCCAACCUGAAGCCAGAAAUCUGUUGGGCGAUGUCCUGGGUGGAGUUGGCACUGGGCUGGGAGAUUUAGCAAAUGCUAUUACCAGUCUGAGUGUUCAAAAGAAGCCCGUUUCGGAGUCUAAAACUAUUUCUAUCUCAGCUGCUUCCCUGGGCGAGUUAAUGGGCAAUGUGACCGAUGUUGCUGUGGCUGGACAAAAGUUCCUGCUUCAACUGGAGGUUGCUGUUGGUGCCUCAAAGACGGAAUCUAUUUCUACAAAUACCACUGCGGAUAUACUCAGCGAUUUGGGUAAUGCCUUGGUGGACUUGGCUACCUCUAUUACCACUGCGGAAAGUAAUGUACAGUUUGGUUCUUCUAAUGUUCUUGGCGAUGUCUUGAAUGGCAUCGGAAAUGGACUUCAGGCGCUGGGUAAUUCCAUUGCCAAUGUGGGAACCCAAAUGAAGGCCGUUGAACAAAUGUAAUUUCUCUGUCUUUCUGCUUUAUACAAAGAAGUUGAAUGCUACCCUGGGCUGGAUCUGGCUGUUAGUGGCUCCCCAAAACUGCUGCUGAUCUGAUAAAUAAAGCUUAAGAUUCCCCCCUAAACAACUUUCAAGCAGUUCAAUUAACAAAUAAAUAUUCAAUCGCUUAAAAAACUUAA